CCACUGCCCCCCAAAGAAUCCAGGCUUCCCCACUGUCACUGAGAAUCUUCCCCCUCUCCCCUGAAACGUGGUAUUGUUGUGGUGAAAGGAACCGCUUCGCCAUGAUCCGCCAAGAAUCCACUUCCUGCUCAUUUGUGCGUCUCCAAGCUGCUACCCACACAACCUCCCUCUCUCCCUCUGUGAAGAUUUCCCGGGUUCCAGCCUCCUAUGGAAGAGCUCAUGCAUUAUAAAUGAGAGCUGACAUCACGGACAUCAACGAGCAACGUUGAGCUGGGUUAAGCAGAUUGGAAAGAGUUCCUGGGCUGUCCCUAACCUCUGCAGAGGACCGGUCCUCACACACACACACACACAGCUCAUCCCAGGAGCUCCACAGCCAGAUCUUGCAGAAGGAUUCCUUGCACUCGCUCACCCCUCCCAGCACACGGACAAAAACAAAAUCUGCAUGACUGUCACAAAGAGUCUACCACCCACCUACACACUAGAGGAAAAUUACAGUGGAGACACAAGAGACCGCAGAUGCUGGAAUCUGGAGCAACACAUAAAAAACUGGAGGAACUCAGCAGAUGUCAUGGCGUCCACAGUACCGUAGCUCCAAGUUCCGGAAUGUCUACGGCAAGGCGGCUAGUCGGGAGCACUGCUUCGAUGGCAUCUCCAUCACCAAGAACGUCCAUGACAACCACUUCUGUGCCAUCAACCCCAAGUUCCUUGCCAUUGUGACCGAGUCUGCUGGUGGGGGGUCCUUCCUGGUUAUUCCACUGGAACAAACAGGACGGAUUGACCCCCUCUACCCCAAGGUGUGUGGUCACCAGGGAAACGUGCUGGACAUUAAAUGGAACCCGUUUGUGGACAACAUCGUAGCUUCCUGCUCGGAGGACACUUCUGUGAGACUCUGGGAGAUCCCAGAAGGAGGUCUGAAGAAGAACAUGACUGAGGCUGUGUUGGAGCUGUAUGGUCACAGUAGGCGAGUUGGCCUCGUCGAGUGGCAUCCCACAACCAAUAAUAUCUUAUUCAGCGCAGGUUACGAUUAUAAGAUCCUGAUCUGGAACCUGGACACUGGUGAGCCGGUGAAGAUGAUCGACUGCCACACCGACGUCAUUCUCUGCAUGUCCUUCAACACGGACGGAAGUCUCUUUGCCACCACCUGCAAGGACAAGAAGCUGAGGGUCAUUGAGCCGCGAUCUGGCAAAGUGCUACAAGAAGCAAACUGCAAGAAUCACAAAGUAAACCGUGUGGUGAUCCUGGGCAACUCGAAGAGGCUGCUCACCACAGGUGUGUCCAGGUGGAACACCAGACAGAUCGCCCUCUGGGAUCAGGAAGACUUAUCGAUGCCCAUUAAAGAAGAAGAAAUCGAUGGCCUCUCAGGGCUCCUGUUCCCUUUCUAUGAUGUUGAUACACACAUGCUCUACUUAGCUGGAAAGGGCGAUGGGAAUAUUCGAUACUAUGAAAUUAGCACUGAGAAGCCAUAUCUCCACUAUUUGAUGGAAUACCGCUCACCAGCUCCACAGAAAGGGAUGGGUGUGAUGCCAAAACACGGGCUGGACGUGUCCAUCUGCGAGGUGUUCCGGUUUUACAAACUGGUCACGCUGAAAGGAGUGAUUGAGCCAAUCUCAAUGAUUGUGCCAAGAAAGUCUGAAACAUACCAAGAAGAUAUCUACCCGAUGACACCAGGGACGGAGCCUGCACUAACAGCCGAAGAGUGGCUCAGUGGCAUGAACAGAGAUCCGAUUCUAAUGUCUCUGAAGGAAGGUUACAAAUCCACAAAUGUUGCUUUCAAGCCACCAAAAAAGGACAAGAAAAGUGUGGUAGUGAAUGGAAUUGAUCUACUGGAAAAUGUACCACCUCGGACAGAGAAUGAGCUUCUCCGAAUGUUCUUCCGACAGCAAGACGAGAUCCGAAGGUUAAAGGAGGAACUUACGCAGAAGGGCGUGAGAAUACGUCAACUGGAACUGGAGCUUAAAAAUCUGCAGAACAUCCCGAAGAGCACCUGAUCUCAGGGUCCCAGCCGCCCUUCAACAUCCCUCUGGCAUGUCACAGAAUUAUCAGCAACGGUUAUAUAGGACUUUUAAAACCCACCGAAUCUGUCCCACCACCCUAAAACAAGAGAUAAACUGGAAGUUAUGUCAAUCUCCAAAAUGUUUAGCCAUAUGCACAACUAACAGAAGAACUCAACUGGUCUGCACCACGCCUCAGCAGGUAUCUGGAAAGCUAAACAUGGUCUAUACAGAUCCAGUCAUCAUCGGCAGCCCAGAGAUGUGUAUACUUUAAAAAGUUCUGCAUGCUAAUGAGUCAUUUUAACAUCGUUUUACAUUAAAUACUCCAAGGUGCCUCUGAACUAGUGUCUUUGUGAGCCUUGCCCCAUGUAGCUGCUAAGGUUGAAGGUUUAGUGGAAGAGAGCUGAGAGCAGGAACAGGCCCAUCCACGCCAGUCUAUGCAUCACUACCUCAGCUGCAGACUCCUUCGUGUUCCCACCUUCCCUUCCCAUUCUCAGCUAUUCACCAUGUUAAGUGAAGUUGCAUCAGCCACAAUGUACCAUGUUAAUCUUGGCCCUGUGUAUUGCAUGAUAUAUGAUACUCAGGUUAAUGAAGAAGCAUUCAGUAUAUGGAGGCACUCUGACUCCUGUACAAUGCUAGACAGUGACUCAAAGAUAAGUGUCCUUACAACAGACUGAUCACUGACAAGAACAGACCACAAUGUCUAAGUUAGCUAUUGGAAUUUGAGGAUAUAUGGUGUUAUUAGUGGCUCCGUUUGACACAAAAUUAAAACCAGGUCCAAACCUGACCCAAGUCAGAGUGCUUAUAAAUGUUAUUGAGACCUGUCCCAACCUAGAAAAGUAGAAGAAAAGACUAAUACAUUGCCAAAGGAUACGUGCGAUAAAAUUCAGCAAAUUAUCCAACAGCAUUCAUCUGACCUGGUCUGAACCUAACAUGUAGGCUCUAGUUGGCAGGGCUCUCUCUUUUAAGCCUGAAAGUUCUGAGUUCAAGCCUCACUCCAGAGAAAUGACUGGAAAACUCGAGGCUGGCACUCCAGUCCAACACUGAGAGAGUACCACAGUGUUCAAGGAGCCUUCUUUCAAAUGAACCAUUAAACUGUGCUCUCUUGGGGGACGUAAGCAGAGGAAUUAUUCAAGUAUCCUGGGGAAUGUUUAUCCUGCAAUCAUCCUUGCUAAGAGAGAUUCUGUGAUCACCAUCUCACUGCUGUUUCUGGGAGUGCGCUAAGUGCAAAUUGACUGUCAUGACAAUGCUUCUAAAUGUGUGUCAUUGGCUGUAAAGUCCUUUGAUAGUCUCAUAGAGAUGCAAGAGCACUCUACAAGUCCUUACCUUUUCAUUUUACUGCUCCAUUUUAAGUGAAUGCUUUAACCAAUGUUCCUUCCUGUCUGGGACCAGUUACCAAUGAUGAGAUUACCCACCCUGCAAGGCCCACUCAGCUCCCAUUUGCCUUUUGCAGUGAACCUUCUGCAGAAUGCUUCUUAUGGCCUUAUAGGAACAUAAGAACUAGAAGCAGGAGUAGGCCAUUCGGCCCUUCAUGGUUGCCCCACCAUUCAAUAUCGUUUUACCUCAGCACUCCUUUCUUGCACCAAACCCCAUAUCCCUUGAUUCUCUUAUAAUUUAUAACAGCUUAGGACAGCAUAAUGGUUCAGCUACUUCACAGCUCCAGCAACCCAGGUUCGAUUCUGAUCUCCGGUGUUGCUUGUAUGGGAUUUGUAUGUUCUCUCCGUGACUUGCGUGGAUUUCCUCCAGGCACUCUCAAAUCCCAAAGGCAUGCAGGUUGGUAGGUUAAUUGGUUAUAAAUUAUCCCUAGUAGGCCAGAGGUGUGUGGUAGAACCUGCGGGAAGUUGAUGGGAAUGUGGUGAGAAUAAAAUGAGAUUGGUGUAAGAUUAAUGGGUGCUUGAUGGUCAUUGUGGACUCCAUGAUUUAUAAUUUGAUUUGUACUGCUCUGAAGGGUUUGAGCCUGGCUCUUGUCCUGAGGGAGAACGUUUGAGCAGUAAAGUUAUCAGGGUGGGGCUGUGUGUUGCUGGAUUACAGUAAAAACAAGUUGUGUUCUGUACCAAUAGAUGAAAGGAAAAGCUGCUCCACUUCUGAACUGCUGAUAUCUCUCACACAAGACUCUCACUCCACCCAGUCUUAGCCACAAGGAGUGUCACCCAUCAGGCAAUUAGGCGCUUUCAUUCCGUGGUUGCUUAAAAGUUUGUUGAUGAAACCUUAUUAUUUUCAUGAGUAUUUGACAUUUGGGUCCAGGUCUAUCUGCAGUGGGGGCCAAGAUGUUUACCACUUAGAGUUUAGUUUCUUCCUCAAGCAUAGACAAGACCCUCUAUAGUUUCGUUUUUUAAUUUUGUGUUGGUGAAAAAAACACAAGGUGGUGAAUGUGAUAACAUUGAACAGGGAAGUGAGUCAGCACAGUGAUCCAAUCAGUGGGAGUCCGAGACUGCGACAAAUUCACAAUGAUGUCCAUACUGGAUUUGUUAAGGCUGGUGUGGGGAACAGAAGUGAUGACAGACUCUGGCUCUACGCCGACAGUCCUUGAGGCGCAUUGGUAAGAUAGAAGGGAUCAGAGUGACAGCAGGACUCUCAACCCCAUUCAUGACCCCAGAGCGUGAUUUUCCUCACCUCCCACUCACCUGGCAUCUUGUAGGCAGCAAGAUGCACGAACCCCUCAUCACCAUUCCAUGGUCACACAGCACAGAAACAGGCCCCUCAGUCCAACAGGUCCAUGCCCACCAAGAUGCCCAUCGAAGUUAGUCCCACUUGCCAGAAUUUGGCCCAUAACCUUCGGAACCUUUCCCAUCCAUGUACCUGUCCAACUGUCUUUUAAAAGUUAUUAUUGUAAAUCCAGAUUAGCAGAAUAUUACACAUCAGUCCUGACAAGAAAUUGUCAACAAUAACACAAACUGUGCUGUAUGGUGGGAUCAGUGCGUUGUACUGUGUCCAGAAUUCAUUUCAUUGACCAGAUGCCUUUAGCACUACCAAUGGGGAUAAAUUUCUAGGCAGAGGUCUCCUCAUUGUCCAAAGGCCAGUCAUAAAGGCUUAGGUAUAAAGCUCAUAUUUGUUUAACAUCAAAAAGAUUAAUGAAUAGUGCAUGUAUUUGCAGUAAAUACUUUAUAUUUACACUAGUUACAGUUUUGGCGUACAGGUCCUCCCCAGGUUACGAACACCUGACUUAUGGACAGUCCAUACAUACGAGCGAGCGUUUGGGAGACCAGCACGAAGGAUGGGGAUGAAUUUGCCGGCUGCUGUGGGACCUCCGGCAUCUUCUGCCGGGUGGGAACGGGGCAUUUCAACGUGCCUUCUCUCCCCACCAACCCAACCCGAGCUGCUGGGUGGGUGCAGCUGAUAAGGGGGCUGGGUGGAGCUGAGCAGAGCUGGGAGUACUGAGCAGACUCAUUCGCUGAGUCAGUGAGGCCGACUCGCUCUCCCGUCGCAGCUCUUUCUGGGAUCCUCUCCCACAAAGUUUUUUUGUUCAUUUCUGACCUACAGACAGUUCUCAGGAGUGGAACCCUGUCGUAACCUGGGACCUUGGAACUUAGGAGAGUGAGGGGCAACCUUAUAGAAGUGUUUAAGAUUAUGAGAGGCAUAGAUAAGGUGGAUGGUAACAGUCUUUUCCCCAGGGUAGGGGAGUCCAAAACUAGGGGGCAUAGAUUUAGGAUGAGAGGGAAAAGGUUUAAAGGGGAUCUGAGCUGCAACUUUUUCACACAGAGGGUGGCGAGUAUAUGAAACGAGCUGCCAGAGGAAGUGGGUGAGGCAGGUACAAUGGUAUCAUUUAAGAAGCACUUGGAUAGGUACAUGGAGGGGAAUUACAGGGAUAUGGGCCGAACGCAGGAAAUUGGGACUAGCUGAGUGGGCAUCGUGGUCGGCAUGGACAGGUUGGGCCAAAGGGCCUGUAUCUGCUAUAUUGCUCUGUGACUCUAUGACUGCCUGUAUUUUAGAGAGGUGAGUUUGAAUCCCACUACAUCAGCUGGGUUAUUCAAAAUCUAGUAAUUAAAUAAGUCUGGAAUUUAAAAAAAAAAUAGAAGUCACCAUCUACAAUGCUGACAAUGAAGUAAUUGGUUUGCAAAAACCCAUCUGGUUCACUGAGGUCCUUCAAGAAAAGGAAUCCAUCCUCAUUACCUGGUCUGGUCUUUAUGAGACUUCAGACCCACUGCAAUGAGGUUAACUUGAAAACCCUUUGAAAUGGCACAGCCAGUCAGAUACUCAGUAGUGGGCAGUAAGUGCCAGCCUUGUCAAUGACACCCACAACCCAUGAUUGAAUAAGUACAAAAAAUAUACUAUAUUCCCAACAUCUAAGGCAUUUCAGUUUUAAUCUCUUAACAGAAAAUUCAUCUUACAUGACAAAAACUGGCCACAGAGGUUUUGAUUAGCUUCAUGUUGAAUUUGAAAGAUGCUGUGGCUAUUAUAUGUGGUGGCCUUGCACUGUCUCUCCCCUUCCCUCAAUAAUCUUCUCACAUCUCCUCCAGACAGAUCAGCUGUGACUGAGAAGCCUUCAGCACCCUCUGCCAGCCUGCAGCUCUACUAUCAUUCAGGAUCUCUCGUUCUCCACUCUGUCACAGGUCCCUCUGCCCUCAAUGCCCCUGCCCCUUCUCUGCAACUUAAAAAGUGUUUAAUUUCCAAUGUUUCUCAGUUUAGACGAGAGUUUCUUUCCCAAAACAUUAACUCUGUUCCUUCCUCCACAGAUGCUGCCUGACCUGCUGAGUAUCUCCAGCAUUUUCUGCUUUUAUUUCAGAUUUCCAGCAUCUGCAGUUUUUUGCUUUCCUUAGAGUAGAAAAGUUUUAUAGGAGAGUUGAAAAAACUGUUCCAAAUUAUGAAGGUUUUACACCAGAUUUUUGUUUCCUUCCUUUAAUUUACAGUUUGAGGUAACCCUGUAAAAAGGCUCCUGCCUCUAAGGCAGUACAUCCUCAGGUUCUGUAUAAUAAGCUGGAUGUGCUGUUUGUUUUCCAUGUCCACAGGGCUGAUAAGCAGAAAGCACAGGUUGAAAGUGAAUAGAAAAAGGAAAAGCUUGUUUCAUUUCAAGUGGUUUGGAUUUGGGAGCCCUGCCUGAUGGGAGGGUGGUCAUAUUCACUUUCAGAGCAUCAGAGACUUCACAAGGAGAAAGAAAUUGGUGUUGGUUUAUUAUUGGCACAUGUACCAACAUACAGUGAAAACCUUUGUGUGCCAUCCUUCAGAUCAUGCCAUAUGUAACUACAUAGAGGUAGUAAAAAGAAAACAAUGCAGAAUAUAGAGUUACAGUCAGAGCAAGUACAGUACAGGUGAACAAAUUAAGUGCAAGGGCCACAGUGAGGUAGAUUGGGAGAUCAAGAGUUCAUCCUUUAGCGUAUGAGAGGUCGGUUCAAGAGUCUGAUAACAGCAGGAUAGAAGCCGUCCUUGAGUCUGGUGGUUCGUGAUCUCUUUGUAUCUUCCGCCUGACAGGAGAGACGAGAAGACAGAAUGACCAGGAUGGUCAUGGACCGGGGUCCUUGAUCAUGCUGGCUGCUUGGAGUCAAUGGAGGGGAGGCCGGUUUGUGUGUUGGACAAAUUAAACAAAUAUGGGGAAUGGGACUAACUGGAUGGCUCAUCGAAAGAACCAGCACUGGUCUGACAGGCUGAAUGGUCUCCUCUCCCGCACUGUUCCUAAAUUCCUGGACAGCCUCAGACUAAACAGUUGAAUUUUUGCCAAGAUAUAAUCCCAGUACCUCAGGAGAAAUUCUUGAACAUAAGCCAUUAUAACCACAUGCUCAUUGUAGACAAUGGAAACUAAAAAGAGGAGAAUGGUGAAAUGGACUGACAACUUGUUGUUAUCAUACCACAUCACUAUCUUGAAGACACAAGAGACUGCAGAUGCUGGAAUCUGGAGCAACAAAUAAUCUGCUGGAGGAACUCAGCGGGUUGAGCAGCAUCUGUGGGGGGAACGGAAUUGCCAACAUUUCAGGUCGAAAACCUGCAUCGGGACUGGUGAUCCUGGUGCAAGGUUUUGACCCGAAACAUUGACAGUUCCUUUCCCCCCACAGAUGCUUCUCGACUGCUGAGUUCCUUCAGCAGAUUGUUUGUAACAUAAUAAUCUUCCUUCUUCCCAAUACAGAAUUGGCAAUCCAGUAGAUCCCUCGAAAAGAUCACAAAAGUGUCAAUCACAUAUAGUGACAGACUUCAUUGAUUUAUUCCAAACAUCAAACUGCCCACAACAGCAGACAUUACAGCUCUGGUUAAUGAUCAGAGGUAGAAUUAUGCUAACUUUCCCUAUGCAAUAUACAUCAGUGUUUAAUAACUUUUCUCUGGAGGGAUCAAGGCACCAACAAGCAUUAACGCAAUAUUCAGUUUGCAGAAACAACUGGAACUCACAGAUUGAAGCUUGUAUGUGGUACAAGCAGCAGGAAAGAACCUGAUGAACGAGCCAUCAGCACAGCUUUCACAGGUGGGAUCGCAGUGCAGCAAAUUCCCACAAACAGCAAGUCAGGCAAAUGGCACUAAAUGUUUCCUUUUAUGGUGUUGGCUGGGGAAAGGAGACUGGCUGAGGAGAGGGAUGUUGGCCAGGAACUCCUUGCUGUAAGUCAUCCCACAAGGCUUUGUAUAUUCCCUUUGAAUUGGGAGAGUGGGGCUGCAGUUUAAUGCUGGUUGUCUUCAGAACUCCAGGAAUUCACAGUAACUACAGUCCAACAAAGUACUUCAUUGGCUGUGAAGGACACUCUGAGGUUGGGAAAGGUGCUUUUUUUCUCAGGUCUUUUUUUUUGCAUAGGGAUUGCUGUUGGCUCUUAUCUUUCUAAAAGAACUGGUUUGGAAAAUAGAUUUAAAAUAGGCCUGAAAGUUAUGAGUUCUAAUAGAGAUGCUAGACAGGGUAGAAGGUGAUGGUCCUGAGCUACAAAGUCCACAGAGACUUCAUGCUGAGGACCAACUGUGUAGAGUGGAGCUGGAAGGUUAGAUAGAAAGUGUAGGGUUUUAAAAUAAAAAUAGAAAAUGAUGCAGGUACUUAGUGGGUCAGGCGGAAUGUGUGAAGAAAGAAACUGAGUUAGUGUUUCAUUUCAGAGACCUUUCAUUUGAUGGUCAUACUGUCUACAUUUCUCUGUCCAUAGAUGCUGCCUGACCUGCUGAGCAUGGCAGACAUUCUCUGUGUUUUACUUCAGAUUUCCAGCAUCUGUAAUUUUUAGCUUUUAGACUGUGGAGUUUUGUUGGAUUGCUUUCAAGAGGACAGGGCAUAGCAUUUGCAGACUUCCCCUUGGACGUUGGAUGAGUUUUGACAGCCCAAAGACUGAGCUGAAUGUUUGAGGAUAGGACCUGCUUGGAAGGUUAAUUAGCUUUUCUCACUUCGGGGAUGGAUUCACUGAUAUCUUAAAAAAAAUGUUCACAAUCAUUUUACCAAGUCUUUGAAGCCCAAUUUCAAUCCAUCCACAUCUCUAUCCCAGCUUGUCAGUGCAGGGUUGUUGUCACUACAUUGGUUCCAUUCUUAUCAAAUGCCAUAGUACACCUUUAACAAGGUCAUCCAUUGACACUGGCUCCUGCCUUUAAGGCUUUCAACUCCAAGGCUCAGCAUUGUACGUCGCAUGAGACAUUUGGUUUCUAUUUCAUGGGGUGCUGUUUCACCUUCAAAUAGCAUGAGAGAACAUGCACAUCAAAUGAAAAUUUGGCUAUCACUGUGCACCACACAGAUAAAGUAAUUUAAAACCAUUGCAACUACUAAUAGAAGCAGAUAUGUUUGUAACCAGCAGGUUUAUUUGAGAGGCACAAGAUUCCAAAAUCCCAGAGUCUCCGUGUGAUUUAUCUGAGUCCAUUAAUUGGGUCUGAGUCCUCUUGGAGACAGUUCCCUCCCUGUGUGUGAGGAAUGUGGGCACAACUCCUCAUCCAAUUGUUGGAAACAGUCUUGCAAAAACUGUUGGGUAGCAACGUGCAGAUGUUCCUUUAGUGGUGCUCCUUUACAACAUCACCUUGCAUUAAGCUAGCUGUUGGGUUUCAAGGCCCUUUCUCAGUGUGUCACAAAACAAAAAUUAAUGCUGAGCUACAUGGGGAGUCUCAGAGCAGAAGGACAAGGGCUGGGUUUUAUGUAGAACCUAACAAGACGGAAGAGAGGUGAAGAAGUUCAAGGCAGGAAUUCCAUUGUUGGACCUUGGCCAACAGUGGGAGGGUGAUCAAGCUUUUGAAGGAUUGAGAGGCAAGAAAUGGAGAAGAUGGCGAUUUCAAGGGUUUGUAGGACUGGAAGAGGUUAAGAUAAGAUAUCUUUAUUAGUCACACGUACAUCAACACACACAGUGAAAUGCAUCUUUUGUGUAGAGUGUUCUGGGGCAGCCCGCAAGUGUCACCACACUUCCAGCGCCAACAUAGCAUGCUCAAAACUUCCUAACCCGUAUGUCUUUGGAAUGUGGGAGGAAACCGGAGCACCCGGAGGAAACCCACACAGUCACGGGGAGAACGUACAAACUCCUUAUAGGCAGUGGCCGGAAUUGAACCCAGGUUGCUGGCGCUGUAAUAGCGUUACGCUAACCGCUACACUACCUGAGUUUGGGAGGAGGGAUUUGAAAGUGAGAACAAGAUUUGAAAUGGAGGCAUAGCUUCGAGGUAGAAUGGGGCUCGGUGUGAGCUUGGGCACUGGGUCUGGUUCGAAUCUGAACAGUUUGGAUCAGCUUUAGACAGUCUCCAGAGAGAAGGACAUUGUCAGUGGCCAUGGACUGGAAUUUAUGAUGGGCAUUGAAGAUAGUGGCUUUGAAGUAACAUAACUGGGGGAAAUGGAGGGUGUUAAUUAAGACAAUUAUCAAAGUACUGUAGAUAGUAAGACAAGAACUGUUCAAAGGGGCUGUAUCGUCUCAGUAAGUUCUCAAGGAAAGAGACACUUGUUGCUCAGGGACCAGCCGCUGUGUGUGUGAUUUCUUUGAAUCAUUGAAGUGGGUCAGUGACUGUUCUCUCCAUGAAGGUAAAUUGCAUGAGUGUAAGUUACACCAGCCUCAAGCUGUGGGAGCUUGUCUCACUCUAAGCCUGCACAUAGUGCUGGAGAGCAUACGUGUACAAGUCCAGAGUGUGAGCACUUCACACUUACACUUGCUUGGCUACCGGGAGAACAUUUUAUUAAACUGAUGAUCUGGGUUCUGGAAGAAAGUCCAAGAAUCACCACAGGCAGAGUCAGGCUGCACCUCCAUUUAUCAUUCCUUUAUAAGAUGAAGGCAUCGCUGGCAAAGCCAGCAUUUAUUGCCCAUCCCCAUUUGGUCUUGGGAAGGUGGCGGUGAGCCGUUCUUGAACCACUGGUGAAGUAUGCUCCCACAGUGCUCGUAGGGAGAGCAUUUCAGGAUUGGGACCCAGUGAUGAGGAAGGAUACGUCAGAUGGGCUCGUUAACUGUGUUUAUGUGAAGUGGGAGGAGAUUGCAGUCAUAAGUGCUUAUGGUGGUUUGAAUUUAUUCUCUUUAAUAUUGGUUUAAGUAUUUUUUUAAAAAUAGUAAGGAGGGGGUGGGAAUAGAAAAAUCGGCUGUGGCCUCAAGGGUUGGGAUGCCAGUGCACUGAUUGCUGCAGAACUGAGCCACGUAGUGUCUGUUUUAGAACACCCAGUCCCCACUGAGCUCACUGCGCAGGGGAUCAUAGACAGGGACAGUGGUCAGGGUGAGGGUCAAUAAUAGUGGGAAAGAGACACACACAGAGGCAGAGGACUACACACACACACAUACACACACACACAAAUGCACACAGACACACAUAAACACAGACACCACACACAUACACACACACAUACACGCACGCAGACACACAGACACACACAUACACACACACACAAACAUACACACAAACACAGACACAUACACACACAGACACAAACACAGACACACACAAACAUACACACAUACACACACACACACUUCCUAGUUGGAUAACCUUUGCCCUCCAUUCUCAAGCAUCUCGCCUGUAACAUUGCCCAUGGGUUGACACAUAACUAGUGAUGGGCAGUAAUUGCCUUUCGUACAUAUAGUUUCUAAGCUGUAUCCAAGAAUGCAUUCCUCCACAAUUUGCUUUCAGGCAUUUUUAAAAAUAGGUAUCAGUAACAAAAUACAUUCAUUCUCUAGCUUCAUAAAGUAUUUGAAACAAUACACCAAUCAAACAACAACUUACAUUACGUAAUACAUUUAUCAUAGCAAGCCAUUCCAAAGAGCUCCACAGGAACAUUAUCAGACAUACUUUAGCUGAACCACAGAGGAGGGUAGUUAGGUAUCGAGGAGCAACUUAAUGGAGAGAAAGAGAGAGAGGUUAAGGGAGGAAGUUUCAGAGUUUAGGCUUUGGCAGCUGAAAUCAUGGCCACCACAGGUUGAAAUUGCAGACAGUCAGUAUUGGAAGAUGCCAAUACUUAGGGUGGAUGUAGGACUGGAGAAGAUCAAAGAGAUAGAAAUGACACAGAGAUUUGAAAUUAAGAAUUAUAAAAUCAGGGAGCCACUUAACUGGUAUUGGCAUGUGGUAAUCCACAAUCACAGGCUUAACUCCACUAAUUAUACCUCACUGUAAAAUCUUAUGCCUGUCUGCACCUUGUUUGUUGCAUCAUAAAUGUCAUUAUUUCCAAAACUAAUGCAAAUUGCUAAUGUACACCUGUCAUGGUGCAGCCAGUGGGGAUGUGAAAACAUGACAGACCUUCAAAGGCAGCUUUCAUUCUAAACCUGGAUGCGGGAAUCAGAAAUGGAAACUGGAGAACAGGAACUGAAUUACAGUCAUCUGGUUAUUCCUGCACCUUGUUUUGCCUGUAAGCUACUCAAUUGUGACUCUGGGUGUGAUUAGCUAAAGGCACUAUUAAAAUAAGUAAUUGGCAAACACUAUAGUACAAGAAAUGUAGAAUUAGGUUUCAGGCUCUGUUGGAGCUGAUGGUGUGUUCGUCCUUUAGGCUGAGGCCAUAGUUUAGCCAACUUUUGCAAGGGAGACCAGGAGACCACACAAUAUACUGUGAAAACCCCCACAUCAUCACACAAUUAGUCACACACACACACACACACACACACACACCACACAGACACACACAGACACACACACACACACACACACACAGAGUCAUCUUCUUCGUGUACUGUGCUGAGUAGUGAUUUACAUCUAAGAGCAUCUGGCCCCUUCCCCAACAGAAGGUGAGCCAAUCAAAGAUUCAUUGGCAGCUUGCUCCUUCAUGUCUAUGCCUGAGUUACUGGAAUCUCCUGGAGGAGGAUUGAGGAAAUACCUACAUAUUUUCGUCUCCAUGCUCCAUGCAUGCUGGUAAGAUUAAUAAUGAGAUGAGUACAACAUUUGCAGAAGGAAAUAUGGCUUUCUGAGAAGGUCAUGCGGUAUCUGUGUUCUAGGGUGAUCCUGGUGAGGGAAUGCAAGCCCAGAAACACUUUCAGUGAGACAAUAACCGUUCCUGUCAGUCAUUCUACAAGUGAAUCUGGAGGGAAGAAUAUUAUAUAUUGAAACAUCAGGAUCUGAAAUGGCCAACGUUUAUUAAGGAGGGUGAUUUAGUUAUAAGGCAAUGCUAAUUUACCAGUUUUAAUGGGAUUGGCAAAUUUGGUGAUAUUGAUGCCUUUACAUAUGGUUGGUCAAUGAGUUACAUGGAUUAAUCCCCAUGGAUUAUUCUGAAUAGAUGAUAGUUAAAAACUCUGUGAUACCUAUGUACAUUUUACUUUUGCCCUUGUACAUUCUACCCCACUAUCAUUGUGUAAUGUGAAUACCCAUGUCUUCAACUAAUAAAGUCCAAGUCACUGUGAUUUUACUUUCCUAAAAGAAAUCACAUAACUGCACUCUGUAACCAAUAACACAAAUAAAAUAUUGUUUUCUCA